AUGCCACCCAAGAAAAGAAUAAGAAAAUCAAGAUACAGUAGUCCACCACUUGAUAAUUAUGAAGAAGAUGCAGGAGUUGCGGAUGAUGACACGGUCAGACAUCAUCCAUCAAGAGUAAGAAAAUCAUACAAAGAGACAUCUUCGUCUGAAGAUGAGAAAGAUGAAGAAGAAAACCAAGGAGAAACUGAAAUCAAAGAAUCAUUUGAUGACAACAUCCCCACAGCAUCCCCAACAAAGAGGGCUAAGAGCAAACGAUCUAUCGAAUCUGAUGAUGAUGAAUUCAUGGCCGAGGAUGAUGACGAAGAAGAGGACGACGAGGAUGACCCAGAUGUGAUAUUAUCAAGUGAAGACGAAAAAGUUCUUGAAAGGAGGAGAAUCAAUAAAUUCAUUGAACGAGAUGAUGAAGAUGAAGAAGCUGAAGAUUAUGAAUAUGGUCAAGAACCACCUAACAAGAAAUCAAAAAAGAGUAGUAGAGGCAGAAAAAGAAAACAACGAAUCUGGGACGAAGAAGAUGAUGAACCUGUAAGAACUACUCGGUCAGCUAGAUUAAACAUUUCCAACUUAAUCAAGGAUCCUAAUGUCGACCAGCAAAUCGAAGGCGGGGGUGAUGAUGAUGAUGUCGAUGAUAUUCAAAAAGAAAUUGCCGAUUUAAAAGAUUCUGUAUUCAAAGAAAGUCCAGUCCAACAUAAAUUACGCGAGAGACCAAAGGUUGAUUAUUAUAUCCCACCCCCAAUCAGUAACGACUAUCCCCAAUUGGAGCCAAGACCAAGUACACCAAGAAGAGGAAGAGGAAGAGUUAGUAAUAAGAAUGAAUUCCGAAAAAUUCUUUAUCCAACUGCUGGUCCAUUUGGUGGAAGCGAUGUAAUUUCUUUAUUUGGAACAAAUAUCCCUCCCGGUGGUAUACCUAUUCCAGGAAUGCCAAUAAAUGUCAAUAAUAAUAAUUUAACUGCAAUUGGACAAAAUUUAUCCGAUUCUGAUUCUUCAGAAGAUGAAAUCGCCCCAAUUAAUGGUGAAGCAACCAUAAGUAAAAAACAACCAAAAUCAUUAAAACCAGCCGCCGCCAUCCCACCUAAUAAUAAUUCAGUUGUAAAAUUAAUCACGGGAGGAUCAGAUGAUUCCAAGAACAAAAAGAAAAAUAGUCUUAGUGAUACUGAUCCAUUAGGUAUAGAUAUGAAUAUUGAUUUCUCGGUAGUGGGAGGAUUAGAUAAUUAUAUCAAUCAAUUAAAAGAAAUGGUAGCCUUACCGUUAUUAUAUCCUGAAUUAUAUCAAAACUUCAAAAUCACCCCACCUCGUGGGGUUUUAUUCCAUGGACCUCCAGGUACGGGGAAAACUUUAAUGGCAAGGGCAUUAGCUGCAAGUUGUUCCACCGCAGAAAGGAAAAUCACAUUUUUCAUGAGAAAGGGAGCUGACUGUUUGAGUAAAUGGGUAGGAGAAGCUGAAAGACAAUUACGUCUUCUUUUUGAAGAAGCUAAGAAUCAACAACCUUCAAUUAUUUUCUUUGAUGAAAUUGAUGGAUUAGCACCCGUUAGAUCUUCAAAACAAGAACAAAUCCAUGCCAGUAUUGUUUCGACAUUGUUGGCACUUAUGGAUGGGAUGGAUAAUCGAGGACAAGUGAUUGUUAUUGGGGCUACUAAUCGACCAGAUUCAAUUGAUCCGGCAUUAAGACGUCCGGGAAGAUUUGAUCGAGAAUUUUAUUUCCCCUUGCCUGAUAUUAGUGCUCGUAAAGAGAUUCUUAAAAUUCAUACUCGGGGUUGGAGUCCGGAAUUACCUGAGGUUUUUGUGGAUAAACUUGCUGAAUUGACAAAGGGGUAUGGUGGAGCUGAUUUGAGAGCAUUAUGUACAGAAGCGGCAUUGCAUAGUAUUCAACGGAAAUAUCCUCAAAUUUAUUCUACAAAUGAAAAAUUGCAAGUUGAUCCUAAAAAAGUCAAAGUUAUAGCCAAAGAUUUCAUGAAGGCGAUUGAAAAAAUCAUUCCAUCUAGUGCAAGAUCAACUUCUUCAGGUUCGGCACCUUUGCCUGAACAUUUAAAACCUUUAUUACAAGAUAAUAUGAAUGAAAUAAUCGCAAAAUGGAAUGAACUUUUACCUAAUUCAAGAAAUCAAAAGAAAAUCACUAGUUUAGAAGAAGCUCAAUAUCUUGAUCCAACAACAAAAGACCCCGAUGGAGGAUUUGGGAAAUUGCAAAUCCUAAAGAAUUUAGAAAGUUCCCGUAUCUGUCGUCCCCAUUUAUUAAUUGGUGGAGCACCUGGUCUGGGUCAACAAUAUCUUGCACAAGCGAUUUUGAAUUAUUUAGAAGGUUUCCAAGUUCAAUCAUUAGAUAUGGGAACCAUAUUUGGUGAUCCUACCCGAACACCUGAUCUGAUUGUUGUACAAGCGUUUAUUGAAGCUAGAAGACAUCAGCCUUCGAUUAUUUUCAUUCCGAAUAUUGAUAUUUGGUUUCAAAUUGUUCCUGGAUCAGCUAGGGCGACAUUGUUGAGUUUGAUUCGGAAUUUGAAUAGUUCUGAACGGGUAUUGAUGUUGGGAAUUUCUGAAAUUGGGAUACUGGAAUUAGAUGAAGAGAUUAAAUUAAUAUUCGGAUUUGAAAGUGAAUCGAAUAAUGUUUGUUUGAAAUUACCUAAUUUGAAUCAAAGACUGGUUUUUUUUGAAGGUUUAAAGAAUACUUUGUUAAUGAAACCUUUUGAAUUUGUUAAUGAUUUAGAAAAUCGCCCAAAGAGGAAAUUAAAACAAUUACCGGUGGUUAAAGCUGGGCCUAAAGAUAAAUUAUCUCAAGAAGCAUUAGCGAAAAAGCAACUCAAAGAACAAGAGUAUAAUGAUACAAAAUUAAAGAAUGUAUUAAAGAUAAAAUUAGCAGGAUUAAUGGAUUUAUUUAAGAAUAGAUAUAAGAGAUUUAGAAAACCAGUUAUUGAUGAAAAUUAUUUAUAUCAUUUAUUUGAUCCAACUGUAAUUAAUAAUCCAAUGACUGUAACACCAUAUGAAGUCUUGUAUGAAAAAUCUACUGAUUUAGAACAUGAAAAUAUGAUUCGAGAAAUAUCAACUGGGAGAUAUUUUUAUAAUAUGGAUUUAGAUAUAAUUGAAGAAAGAUUAUGGAAUGGAUAUUAUUCAGAACCAAAACAAUUUUUACGAGAUAUUAAAAUGAUUGUUAAAGAUUCGAUAACAUCUGGAGAUAGGGAAAGGAUUUUAAAAGCAAAUGAAAUGUUAACUAAUGCCCAAUUUGGAAUUGAUGAUUUUUCAACUCCAGAAUUUUUGAAAGCUUGUAAAGAAGUUAGAGAACGUGAUUUAAUUAAACAACAGAAAUUAUUGGAGGAACAUAAGAAAUUACAAUUGGAGUUUGAAAAGAGUCAAGAAUUGAAUUUACAGACUUUGGCCAAUGCUGAGUUGGACAAUACUGCUGCCAAUAACGGACAUGAAAAGAAUGGCGUGGUUGUAGUUAGUGAGCCUGUUCCAGUAGUACCAAUAUUGAAUGGUCCUACAAUUAUCCUGGAAUCUACUUCUGAGGGAGCCACCGAAUCUUUGAAAAAUGACGCGGUAGCUGCUGAAGUAGUUGAAAACGAGGAACAGCAACAAAUAGUAGAAGAUCCAAUAGAAGAAGAAGAGCAACAACACCCUAGUGAUUCAGAAUCAGAAGCUGAAAUAGAAAUUGAAAUUGAUGAUGAUAAACAAUUAAUUAUUGAUGAAGAAAGAUUAAAUGAAUUAUAUAAUAAAUUAAUUGAAAUAAGUGAAGGAUUUAAUAUAGAGAAAUUAGAGAUUACAAUGGCAAGAUUAAUGGAUAUUAUUUGGAAAGAUAGAAAUCAAUGGAAUAAGAUUCCAACUUUGGAUAAAUUAUAUGAAACAUUGGAAUCAAUUAAAUAA